AAUAGGAAGAAAAGACAGCUGUCUAGAAGCAUUGCAGGAGGAGAAUUUCAAACCUUUCUACAGAAAUUUGGAAGCAAGCACAAGUAUGUGUGGGGUGUACGCAAAAGCUUGUCCUUUAGUCUGCCCAACACACCUAUUGUCUCUACUGACAAUUAAAAUGGUGUGACAGCUGUAAAUACCCUGUGACAGAUAUACGUCAGAAAACUGGACAUAAACCUCACAGAAGAUGGAGGACUUGUACAUCUCUGAACAUGGAGACAAUGAGGAGCUACAGGAGACAAAAGAUCUCUACCAAAAUGAAUCACCCAUGAGUUCUGAGGUCACAGAACCCCAUAAACACCCUAACCAAAACAGUGGGGGAGACUCUCUUCUCUGCCAGCACCGCGAGAGGCAGUUUACCAGCAGACAAGGCUUGGAACAACACAUGCACAUCCAUGCUUGUGGGAAUGAAGUGCCGUGCAGCAUUGUUUCAAGUAUAAGUCAGAUACAGCAUGAGCAGAUAAAGCCUGUGAAGUCAGUAGGUUCAGUUAUUCAGCUUUAUACUUCAGACUCCAACAGCUCUAAUACUUCUAUUUUGUCAAGUGGCGAACACACAGCUCAGCCUCAUGAGCCAGGAGUAUCAUGGGAUCAUGAUGCUCAGAAGUACCCUGAACAGAUAUUAACAACAAAUACAAACAAGCAACACCAUGAGCACAAGGUGGAUGAGAACCAACAACAGCUCAUACAAAAGGAAAAAAAGUUGCCUGAAGAGGAAAUUCUUCAGAGUUCAGUAAAUAAAUUAUCUCUGCUUCAAACACAGUUUGGUAAAAAUACCUCACCCACAGGUGGUGUGGAAAAUGAAGGAGAACACACAGAACAAUACAUGCUAGACAUCUCUAGCAAUAUUUCAGAGAAUCUCAGCUUUUACAUCGAUGGAAAGAUAGUGUCAACAAGUACAGUCAGUAACUGUGAAGUAGCUGAAGUUCACUCUGAGUCUUCAACUUUAGUUGGACUGGAUGCCCUCAUUGUUGACCCUGCCCACAUCAGCCACAUUUUAAGCACGGAUACAGACGUACCUGGUCAACAGCAUACCAAGAGAAGAACUGCAACGCCACCUCUCUUACCACAAAUUAAAACUGAACUGGAGUCUGAGGUGGUUGUGUCUUCAUCCUCCUCUUCGCUUGUUUCUUCUUUAAUAGAGAAUCUAUUCCCUCACAACACAGAGUCUACAGUUGCGCAAAAUGAAAGAACGGUGUUUCUGUCUCCAAAGCUGAAGCAGCUCCUGGAGAAGCAGGAUGGUCUCAAACCUACACUUGCCCUCAUCACGGAUAGCCAGAAGCCUUCUUCACCUGUCUCCGUCUCCAUCCUUCCAUCUGGAUCAGGAAGGUUCAAAAGAAGAACCGGCUCUCCAACAAGCUCUCCACAGCAAUUUGCAUCAUUAAAUGAUGAAACAAAUAUGGAUGGUGGAGAUUUUAGUGAUGGAAGUCCAGAACAUAUAGAGUCCCAGCAUAGCUCACCUGUGCGACAAACCGUUAAUGAUAACAACGAUGCGACUCCAUCUGUAAUGGAGCCGGCAGUGAAAUCUGUUUUGCCAGAGAGCUGGCCUCCUGUGACUGGUGGUAACGCCUGUAACCAGCAACCUUUGGAUCUUUCUAAUACAGUGAAAAGAAACGAAGAUGUGGCAUCUACUGACGCUGUGCUGGAUUUAAGUUUGCAAAAGAAUUACACAGGUGAAUCUGAGCCGGCAUGGAAUUUAGUGUCACAGGCAGUUUUGAAAGAAGAAUCAAGUACCUACAUGGUUGAAAAAGGCUUAAUGAAAGUUGGAGAACAAAAUAUAACCCUGGGGAAUCCUGAGACUCCUGUAGUUACAGACUUUGCCAUUGUCACAGGUUCAGACAUUGUGACCCCCGCAGAGCCUGUUGCAGAGGGGCUUGUUUAUGGACUUACCCUACCCCCAGGUUCUCUGACUCCAUCGCCCAACUCAAUUACCCCCGUUUCUUUGGAUCCAGCUUCACCUUGCACUAUAGCAUUUGCUUCUCCAGUUGCACACACUGUGCUUCCUACUACACCUUCAUUAAUUACAGUUUUAGCAUCACCACCAUCUAUUUCCCACCCCUCAAGCCAACCAAUCCAAGUACUGGCCCCAAAUAUUUCUCCUGAGCCCUUGGUAAUCUGUACAGAAAAUACAUUAAGUUCUUCUGAAUGUGAUUUACCAUUUGCCAGUACGAGUUCUGCAAAUAUUGUUGCACUUUCCCAGCCCCUUGACCCGCCUCUGAAUCUACCUGGCCAUGUGUUUCUCACUGAUCAGAUUGCGCUCAAUCCACCUCUGGUUGAAUCCACUCCUGUUUCAGAAGUGCCAUUCACACCUACUGUAACUUUAAAUGAUUCCCUGCUCAACUCUUACAACAUUGCCAGUAACACAGUGUUAAUAGAGUGUACAAUAGCUCUUGAAGCCCCAGGUGGUGGUGUUCCUGCUGCAGUUACCUUACAAGAGAAUACUGCUGAGCCUCCAGCACCCACCCACAUGGUUGUUAAUCACAUAGAACAGCAACAGAUUGUGUCACUGCCCAAUCCACAGACUGUGGACCCUUCUGUUCUUGUGUCCUCCAUUGCAGGAUCUGUAACCCUGUCCACUGACACUGCUGUGACAUCUGAUUUUUCUCCUGUGGGUGACCCAAGUCCUGACCCAGAGUCCGUUCGUACAGACCCACCACCAACAAAAGAAGGUCCUGCUGACAGUUCUGGGUUUUUGUCUGAAAUUGCACCUAAAACGCCGCCUCCAUCAUUUGAGAAAACCAAAGAAGAAGAGGCCUCAAGUAAUUCAGCAGCUGAUGAACAACAGCAGACAUUCACCAAGAAUUUCAUCUGCAAUGUGUGUGAUAAGCUCUUCCAUUCAAUGAAGGAACUCAGCCAUCAUGUAGGCGAUCAUGCUGAUGAAUGGCCCUACAAAUGUGAAUUCUGUGUGCUGCUCUUCGGCAAACCCUCUUCUUUGCUUGACCAUCGAUCAAGCCUUCACGGUGUCGGAAAGACUUACGUUUGCGGUGCGUGUACAAAAGAAUUUGUCUACCUUUGCAAUCUGAAGCAACAUCAAGAAGAAUUGCAUCCUGGUCAGCAGUGUACAUACACAGAGGAAGAAAAUGGAAAACUAAGACCUCAGAACUACAACAACUCAACUAAAGUUAGCACAGAUCCAUCAGCUCCUGAAUCUCUAGAGGAACCCAAGAAAUUAGUGAAAAAGGAAGAAUCUGAAGUUGAUGUGGCUGCUGAAGAAUUGUUUACAACAAUUAAAAUCAUGGCAUCCGAUGGACGCAAAAUCAAAGGACCCGAUGUUCGUCUUGGCAUUAAUCAGCAUUAUCCCAGUUUUAAGCCGCCUCCUUUUCCCUACCAUAACAGAUCACCUGCUGGUUUAGGUGCUUCAGCCACAAACUUUACAACCCACAACAUCCCGCAAACAUUUAGUACAGCUAUUCGGUGCACCAAAUGUGGAAAAAGCUUUGAUAACAUGCCAGAACUCCACAAGCACAUCUUGGCAUGUGCAAAUGCCAGUGAUAAAAGGCGAUACACACCUAGAAAAAAUCCUAUUCCUUUGCGGCACUUUGCGAAAACCCAAAAUAGAGUACUGUCUACUACUAAUUCUACUAACGGACUAAAUGCCUCAGUCAGAUUCAGUCAGGCAGAUGGGUCCAAACCUGGCCAAGAUCCACCAGUAAAGCUGAAAAUACUGAACAAAAGGAAGAAAAAGUUUGCGCAAAGGGUCAUGCCGCAGAGAAACAAAUCGGUCCCUUCAAAUAAAGUGUCACCUGCACAGGUGGAUGGAAAGCAGGAAAUCUUCAUCUGCCCACACUGCUGCAGGGAGUUCACCAUGCGCCGCAGUAGAACCAAACAUAUGGCCGUCUGCCCCAAGAAACCAAAGGAAAUGAAGAAAAGGAAAGAUGGAGGAAUCUCUGUCGCAAAGGAAAACGAUGGACACUUGCAUAGAGGGGUUACUCAUACAAAAGAAAGACAGCAGGCAACACCUCAGCAUAAAACAAGACUUCAGACAUCUGGCUCUUCAAAGAGGCCUGCCAUCCUACCAGUGCAAACCGUCUUCUCAAGUAAAAGAAGUAAAAUCAUUAUAAAAGAAAGUACACAGCCCAAACAAGAAGCACCCACUCUGACUGAAAUUCCCAUUCGCACCUUCAACCCCUCCAUGCGGCAGUAUAGCAGAGUACAGCACAGUCUGAAAGGAGUUCCCAUUAAAAUUACUGUUGUGAAACCUCAACAGAGCUUGCCACAGAAAGAUGCGGCGCCUGCCCUGCAGAGCUGUGAGAAAGCAAAUGGAACCAGCACCUGUCGCUCGGAGCAGAGUGCCUCAGUUUAAUGAGUCAGACGAUGAUUUCAGAUCAGUCCAAGUACUGAAAAGUUUAAUUUAAACAGCAAAGAUUAUGAAAAAUUUAAGUUAUGGUUCACAUAAAGACAAGGAAAAUAGUAGUUGCAGACAGACAAAAUAUCUUGGGAAGUUAUUUGUUCAGUUUUAAUUGUAAUGAAGUAAUACUGUUGACAGUUAAUAAUUUUGGGAUGAGAUUUCAGCAGACCUGUUAAAUAACAAAUAUCAAAGAAACACUGAAACUCUUUUGGAUAAAAUAUGAAGCGGAUGUUAAAGGUCAUGUCUCAUCCAUACAAUCCUCAUUCUGUUGUGAUUUUUCUGGACUCUGCUAUAUGGGGCUGUUUCAGUUAUUCUAAAGGGAGAACAUUUCCUAACCACUGUAAACCCAGUGGACCUGUAUGCUGCAGUACACUGUGCAUUAAAAUAACCAAAUUCAGAACGGAUAAAACAAGGAUGCCGGAGUGAGUGCGUUUGAACUAAGAGUUUGCUUUUUAGUAGCUUGGCGUUUUAAAGAUUUUCUUUUAUUUCUUAUCAUGUAAGCGUGCUGUCAGCAGCUUGGACUUGCACUUAAAGUUAAUCUGCCACAUACCACAAAAUACAGAAGUAGAGGAACUGAGCUCAUUGCCUCCAUGAUGGGUUGUUCAGAGAGGAUGGGAGGUGGCAAUCGUUUUCAGCAUGCAUUUGCACUUUGUCUUAUCCGUAGUCUGUGGCCUUUUUUGUUUAAAUUCUUAUUGCAUGCUUCUACGACAGUGACAUUGAUUUAAGAUGGAUUAUUUUGGUCCUAAACACUGAAUCUGAUCAUGCUCUGGUAAAAGGUAAUCUCAAUUUUCAGGCUUGCAGAAAAUGUGAAUGUGAAUGUUUCUGAGCUCAAGAAUACAGAAUAAAAGAAAAAUGACACACUGCAGCUUAACACUGAACACAAACUGCCCUUCAGUAGUGCUGUCAAGCAUGUUGUUAUGAUUUAUUAGUUAUUACCAAUAGGGAAGUCAGUUUUCAUAGUUGUUAUGAAUGUGAAAUCGGCUAGAUUUAAUGCUACGGCAUUUUCAAAUGAGAUGUGUGUGUGAUGUUUUUGGCCCAGCUGUUAUUUUAUGUACUGAAUGAGAGUUUUGAGAAUAGUACUCUGUGUGCCAUUAAAGUUAUAUGAUGAGACAAAAUAUGGCAUAAAAAAUUGUUUUUAGUGUUUCCCAGAUGAAGAAUUUAUUUUGGUGCUUAAAGCAAAGGGGGGGGGGGGGGGGGGGGGAGAAAAAAUUUGGAAUUUAUAUUCUCAAUUUCUGGCUUACAGGCCACCACAAAUAAAUCGGUUGCAUUCCGGAAACCCUGAGAUUUAAUGCACUUGCACUGCAAUCCCAAACAGAAGUACUACUGUAUGUGUUUAUGCUGUACAGCUUGGAGACACCUCUGACAGUCGGGCCCAGUGCUUGGCUUCCCUGUAUUUAAUCUGAACUCCUAGACGUUUUUCUGUUUUGUUUUUUUUAGUUUGCUUUAGGCUUUGUUUUGCACAAAUUAUUGACAAAUGAUUGUUUUGUGGUGUUUUCCCCGUUCUGUGAUUAGAGGUAGUUUAACAUGGUCUUUCUCCAUCUGUAAUAUACAAACACGUCAUCCUUGCCUCUAACUUCUGUAAUGGUGGUUUUUGGUUUAAUGUGCAAAGUGUUUCUGAUAAAAUCCAACUUGUGUAAAUCUGUUAGGGAAUAAUUUUGUUGUGUCGUAUAAAAAUGUUUGUUGCACAGUAUCAUGAAUCUCAUAGUGUCUGUUUUAUUUAAAAUGUGUUCAAAAGCUAAAAGUUUGAAGGUUAAGUGCUAUACAGGGUAGUUUUUGCUUUGUCAUUAAGCUGUUAAAUUGGUCAACUAAAACUUGACAAGAGUCUGUAUCUGAGAGAGUGCAAUGGUAAUUCAAUUUUUUUUGCCUUUUCAGCCAGUGGUGGUAAUUUUUCUUUAACUGACUUUAACUUGUUGGAUGUACAGGAUGGUUUGGGAGUGUAUUAUCCAGCUGUGAAAAGUGCUUGGUGGCAUUUCAUGGUGUAAAUUGACUCAUGUAUAUUUAUCAUUAAUUUAAAAUUACGUUAUCGGUCUUUGAAUGAUUCUCUGUAUGAUUUGCACUAAAUUUUUCCAAGCAGAUGUUCAAAAUAAAAACAGAAUGUUAAAGUUA